AUGAUGUGGAAUCUAAAAAAUCUGAGAACAAAUUAUACUUUGGUGACUGAGUUCAUCCUGCUGGGAUUGGCAGACACACUGGAGCUACAGAUUUUCCUCUUCUUGCUCUUUUCUGUGAUUUACACACUGACAGUUUGGGGGAAUUUGGGGAUGAUCCUCUUAAUCAGGAGUGAUUCCCGACUUCACACACCCAUGUAUUUCUUCCUGGCUAACCUGUCCUUUGUGGACAUGUGUUAUUCCUCCACCAUCACCCCAAAGAUGCUGGUGGAUUUACUGUCAGAGAAGAAAACCAUCUCCUUUGCUGGCUGCUUUCUGCAGAUGUACUUCUUCAUUGCCUUGGCCACAACUGAAUGCCUCCUCUUUGGGCUGAUGGCCUAUGACCGUUAUGUGGCCAUAUGCAACCCUCUGCUUUACCCCGUGGUCAUGUCCAAGACAACCUGCCUGAAAAUGGCAGCAGGGGCUUUCACAGCGGGACUGCUGAACUCCAUGGUGAACACAAGCUAUGUGAGCAGGCUGCCAUUCUGUGGUUCCAAUGUCAUCCACCACUUCUUCUGUGACAGCCCUCCACUCUUUAAGCUCUCAUGCUCUGACACACACCUGAAUGAAAGCAUCAUUUCCACAUUUGCUGGAGUGAAUAUGGUCGGGAAUCUGCUGAUCAUCCUCGGAUCCUACUCCUACAUUCUCCUCUCCAUCUUUCGUAUGCAUUCCGGGGAGGGACGGUACAAAGCUUUCUCAACCUGUGCCUCUCACCUGGCAGCUGUAACUCUAUUCUACUCCACUGCCAUCUACACUUAUCUGAGACCUACUUCCAGCUACUCCCUGGGUCAGGACGAAGUGGCUUCUGUCUUCUACACAGUGGUGAUCCCCAUGUUAAAUCCUCUGAUCUACAGCCUCCGGAAUAAGGAUGUAAAGAAAGCUUUAUGGGAUGUAAUUACAAGGAAAAGGACCUCUUCAUUCCUGUGA